UCAUUUUUAAAAGAAAUGUUUACAAUUACUGCAUCUGGUCAACUUCGAUUGAAGCCAAAUGCUGUCCCGAUAAUAUUCGGACCCUCAUCGCAACUGCCAAUGCAAAAUACUGAUACACUAGCUUUUUUGUUUUUUGUAUUUUGUACUGUAGAAAAGUUAACAGAUCCGAAGGAGCCAAUGAUGGAAACUGACUCAUUAAUUGAAAACGAAGGAAAUUGUAGCGCAACUGUUAUACAAGAUGAUUUGGCAAGCAGCAAAUCCGAUGAUUCAGAUACAUUCGAAAAGCCACUUAUAUUGUCGCAAAACAAAAAUGGUUUUGUACAAGUCAGUCAAGAUUGGAUCAAUAAAAUGGAAACAAUAUUUAUUCGCAACGAAAAACUGAAACGAAAGUUAAAGUACAAAUUAGAUGUUGCGCAACGUAAAAUCAACAGACUCCAGAAGCAAAUGCAGUUAUCAUCUUAGCCGUGUAGCAGUACAAUAUACAAUUGAAAA